UGCUCCAUAAAGCUGCUCUGAUACUCCAAGUUUAGUGUUACUCCGACACAUACUGUUUGCUGAAAGGAUUUCACACGCUGCACGUGACGGCUUCUCAUUUCUCUGUUUUCAGUGCGUAAUCACGGAUCCAGUUGGCAGCCUGGACACUAUGGUAGCCGAAGAGGCUCCUAGAGCAACCUUGAGGACUAAUGGGGAUUGUUUUACUGAGCCUUUUUCUUCCCUACUGGCUUAGCACGGUAGAAGGCAGCUGUGGGGCGGAAGGCGCGCGGACGUGUGGCGAGUGCGUGCAGCUGGGGCCGCAGUGCGCGUGGUGCUCUCUACAGAAUUUCACAGAUUCUUUAGCGGUGAGCGAGCGCUGCGGUACGCGCGAGGAACUUCUUCUACAGGGAUGUCCGCAAGAGUUCAUGCAGUUCCCAGUGAACACCGUGGAGCUGCUGGCUGACGGGCCGUUAGGGAAAAGUGCGGACCCCGAUAACGUGUCCUACAUAACACCACAGAGGAUGGCGCUCAAACUGCGUCCAGGAACCCAAGUGACCUUUCAAGUAAAAGUACAACAAUCAGAAGACUAUCCAGUAGAUAUGUAUUACCUUAUGGACCUCUCAGCUUCGAUGUACGACGAUCUGCAGAUGAUCAGAGACCUGGGGUCGACUCUUUCCAAAGAAAUGGCUAGUCUCACCAGUAAUUUCCGACUGGGAUUUGGUUCGUUUGUAGAGAAGCCGGUUCUGCCCUACAUUGAAAUUACUCCAGAGAAGCUGGCAAACCCCUGCUGGAACGUAGAGCACGUUUGCUCGCCCACGUUCGGAUACAGACACGUCCUUCCAUUAACAGGCAGCACAGACCAGUUCAAUAAGAUCAUUUCUGAACAGCACAUCUCCGCAAACAAUGACAUUCCAGAGUGCGGCUUCGAUGCCAUCAUGCAGGCAGCGGUGUGUGGGGAUAAGAUCGGGUGGCGGAACGAUUCCAUGCGCUUGCUGGUCUUUGUCAGCGACGCGGACUCUCAUUUCGGGAUGGACAGCAAAAUGGCCGGCAUCGUCAUCCCUAACGACGGACAGUGCCACCUAGACAGCAACAAUGAGUAUUCCAUGGCAGGUCACUUGGAGUAUCCAACCUUAGGACAACUUAUAGACAAGCUGGUGGAAAACAACAUCCUCCUCAUAUUCGCAGUGACUACAAAUCUGAGACAAACCUAUGAGAACUAUGCAAAUCUAAUUCCUGGUGCAACAGUGGGGGUGUUGGAAAACGAUUCCCGGAACAUUCUCCAACUGAUCUUGACUGCGUAUAAGGAGCUGAGGUCCGAGAUUGAGCUGGAGGUUCUGGGGGACACGGAAAAUCUCCAGAUCUCUUUCACAGCUCUCUGUCAAGAUGAUGCGGUCCAGCCGGGGCUUAAACUCUGCACCAAUGUCAAAGUUGGAGACAUCGUGGCCUUUAAUGUGACGGUGGAGCUGGACAGCUGUCUGGACGCUCCACAUCGUUUCUCCCUGCGGCCCGUGGGCUUCCAGGACACUCUCGAGGUGGAGCUGGAAUCGCUGUGUGUGUGCGAUUGCCAGAGGUCCAUCGAGCUAAACAGCACACACUGCAGUGAAGGACAAGGGGCUCUGGAGUGUGGCUCCUGUAUAUGUAACCGUGGGUUCAUAGGUCCAAGGUGUGAGUGCGCAGAGGACAAAGGUCAAGUCAGUGACUGCAGGGCCCAUGAUAGUGCAGAGGUGUGCAGCGGGCAGGGCGAGUGCUUUUGCGGCCAGUGCGCGUGCUACCCGUCCAGCUUCGGUCUCGUGUACGGAAAAUACUGCGAGUGUGACGACUUCUCCUGCGUCAGAUUCAGAGGGAACCUGUGUGGAGGUAAUGGAGAGUGUGACUGUGGCGAGUGUGUGUGUCAUGAGGGUUGGAUAGGCGAGUAUUGCAACUGCAGCACCAGCACACACACCUGUGAGUCAGCGGACGGGUCGGUCUGCAGCGGACGUGGAAAGUGUGUAUGCGGGAAGUGCGAGUGUUCUGUUCCCGGCGCUUCAGGGGAUAAGUGUGAGAAGUGUGCUACCUGUGGAGAUGUCUGUAUCGCAAGCAGGUCUUGUGUGGAGUGUUAUCUGAAAACCGAUGAACCCUCAGGAGAGUGUGUCCAUAAGUGCAACACUAUUCAUACCACUGUCACCAACUCUACAGACUUUGACGGGAGCCACGCAGUGACGUGCGCUCUCCGUAGUGAGAACGAGUGUCUGAUCUCCUUCACGUUAGUGGGCGGUGAAAAGGGAAGCACCGUUUACAAUCUCAGGCUUGAUUGUCCCAAGCCUCUAAAUAUCGCGAUGAUCGCUCUGGGUGUUUGUAUGUCCGUGCUCACUAUCGGCAUCAUACUUGCGGUGGUUUGGAAGCUUUUCAUAUACGUCCACGACCAAAAAGAGGUCGCCAAGUUCGAGGCAGAGAGAGCUAAAGCAAAAUGGCAAUCAGGCACGAACCCUCUUUUCAGGAGCUCAACAUCAACAUUUAAGAAUGUAGCAUAUAAACAUACAGUUAGACAGAGAGAUGAUCUAUGUUGACAAAACUAAAGGACUGACGAAACUGAUUUAAUGUGCUGACUGUAAAGUAUUUUUCAUGGAAUGGUGAGUCUGUGUGUGUGCAUAUAUGAGUGCAUUUUCUUUUUUUCAGUGGUGUUUUCUCAGAGCCAGGCUGUGGGAAAUAUUUUAUAUUGUUAAUAUAUUUGCUGCUAAAUGAUUAAAAAAAAAAAAAAAAAAAAAUCAAAGAAA